AUGCCUGCAUACAAUUCAAACGCUCAAACGUGGUUCAUACAGCUCGAUGCGAUAUUUCAAGACCGCCGUAUCACAUCACAGCAGUCAAAGUUUGCCUUCGUUGUGGAAAAGUUACCUGCAGAGGUGGCUGCAGAUGUAGCAGAUAUUCUCACACGCUUUUCGACUGACAAGCCUUACGAAGUACUCAGGCAAGCCAUAUUACACCGCACAGGUUGCUCUGGGGAGCGGACUAGCAAACCGUCCCAACUCUUGCGCCGAAUGCAAUCUUUACCCGGCAGCACUACCAUUUCCGACACUGUCCUGAAGCAAAUGUGGCUCGACAAACUACAACCUGACGUUGUGCGAAUAUUAGCCGCGCUCACAGACGAGGUUGACAUACAAAAGUUAGCAACGAUUGCCGACAAGAUAUUAGAUACCACAUCUACUCGGCAAGUCUCCCCCAUAAGCCCGUCCGACGACAUUACACCGGAUUUCAAUCAGAGAUUACAACUUCUGACAUCAGAAAUACAGAAGCUCUCUCUCCGGCUUGACGAAAUUCAAAAUAGGCCUACAAGAAGUCGGAGCAAUUCAAUUUUCCGGCACCAUAACCGUAGGCCGCGUUCAGCGUUCGUCGCCCCGUCGAAGGCUAUAGGGAUAUCUGCUUCUUCCUGCUCCUCCACCUCGCUUUCUCUCUCAUGUUCCAAAUCUUUCUGCUCCCCAAGGUCAUCGUUGAAAGGGAAGUCGUCAUCCCUUGGUUGUUGGCGAGUCCUGUCUUCGGGGAUUCUUUUCAUUUGUGAUGUGUGUCGUAAAAUAAGUUGGUCACCUCGCGUUAUAAUUGCAGAUUCGCCUCUGCGUUCUUUUACUCUCCGUGGUGUUGGGUGGUAA